AUGACGGCAGCUUUACCGUAUCUUCGCGCUCUGCGAAAGAGCGACCUUCUCGUCCUAGCCGAGGUGUCUGAUCUGAAAGACUACGAUGAUUAUAAGAAACCCGAACUCGAGGCAGCGCUGGACGAGCAUUUGAGCGCGAAUAGGACCACGCUUUCGAAGGAACAGAGACUGAGCGACUAUUACAGGCGCUUGCUCCAGCCGCCACGCUCGUCGCCGAUCAAGAGAGAACCGAAGCCCGAUGGCCCAUCGGGUUUGGACGAUAGCGUUUCCCCUUCGAAACGCAUGACACGCUCUAGGAGGCCCCUUAAGCCGAAGCAGGAGGUUGAAGCCACAGAUGAAUCCGAGUCUGGCUCAGCCUCUCAGGCAAGCAGAUCUCCGUCUGCCUCUGCUAUGGAGGCUCACACUCCAUCGCGACCAGCCUUAGGCUUUCUUUCCUCUCUCCCGCCGUCUCCCGCCGUCGUGACGGAAGCCAUCGAGGAGCAGACCACCAAAGUCCGCAAAUCCGUUUCGGAUGCAUGGGUCGCUUCGGGCCUCAAAGAGCGGGCCUAUGCGCUCCGUUCAUGCCUCAGCAGCGUGAGUACAAUCGAGAGCCUAAUUCUCAUGCUUGAAAUCUACGGCCUGGGUAGCGAGAUACUUCCCUUUCGCUAUUUGACGACUAUCCCGCCCAUGCCGAAUCUCUAUACUCCCGCCAUCCAAGUGAAGAUUCCCGAUGUAUUUGCCCUAUUGACAGGAGAGUUUUGGGCACCGUUUUCGCUGUGGUUGACAACAAGUGUGAUUCUCCCAUCUAUAUUCGCCUACUUUUUCAAUAUCAGCCUAAAAAUGUCCCAACCUCAGCCACCGAGCCAUUCAUAUGGGACUCGCCGCGCGUCGGCUGCCCAGGCGGCAGUAGCGUCCUCCAAGACAAACUUUGACCCCUUGGUGUUUAAUGUUUCUAAGGCUUUGGUGUCGUAUCUUGUGUACGCAAAUAAAUUUACCUUUUGGGACGUAUAUAACCCGAUCUCUGUACGCAAGGUUUCUGACUCUGUGCCUGGUGGUUUGCCAGGCUUGCUGACUGGGUCUGCUCUGUGCGUUUUGGGUAGCUUGUACGAGGCCAUUCUGAGAAAAUGA